UUUCAGUUUCAGUUUACUUCAAUUUACUUACCCUCAUGUUGUUUUAAAUCCGCACAACUUUCUUUCUUCUGUGGAACACAAAAGAUGAUAUUUGGAAAUUCCUCUCUCAAGAGUUUGGCAUUUCCUCUGAGCUCACACACUGAGAGCCCGCUCUCCUGUUUCACACAGCACUAGCUUGCGACAAAAGGGGGGAUUUUCAAACAUCCUGAAUGAGAGGACUGCUCUUGCCCUGGGCGCACGCCGCAUCUGCAAAGAAACUGUACAGAGUAUACUUCCCCUCACACAACAAACAAGACAAGCUGGGUUUCAGUUUUUGUGUGAGAGUGCAGAAAGAACAUCAGCUUGGCCUGGAUUUUAGCAGCUGGAAGAGCGGUUCAACAUGGGCUAGCCCCAACUUUCCUAUACAGUUGGAGUGGACUGGAGGAGAACGAGGAAGAGGAUGAGCGUUUACACUCUCAACCUCAAGUUGUUCUGGCCUCUGGUCAUUUGUAUCCUCACUGCUCUGCUGCUACUGCACCAAUUCAUCUUCAUUGGUUUGGAGGACCAAGGUAACGAUUGUUCUGACCAGGGACCUGCUGCUGUCUCACUGCUUAAGUACAUCUUAGCUUUUAUUUUAUGCUACUUCUUCAUUAAGUACUUCUCAACUCAGCCUGGCUCUGCUAAGGGGGGUUUCAAAAAGCCCUCUGAGCUACAUUCAAAAUCAGGAGUAUCCAAGAGAGAACUACUGGACGAUCAUUAUGAGAAGCAUGUGCGUCUUUCCCCACAUGUUCUGGGCCACAGUAAAGCCCAUGUUGCCAAGCUGGUGAGUGAACUUGUGAGGGUAGGGCGCACUGACGUCCCACCUGAGUCUUCUCUGGCCUUCCGGGGUGACUCCAUCCAGGUCGGGAGCUCAUAUGAGGAGCACAAAGUGGGCUCACCAGAUUGCUUUGACAUCCUGGUGCCACUGCGGGCCCCUCGGGGGCUAAAACUGGAGACUAAUAUUUGCACUGACAAACAUGGGGGGCCACCACUAUGCACGCUGAACACACCUCGCAAGGCAGAGUGGACGCGCCGUCACAAAGGUUUCACUGACACAUUCAUGCACUUACACAAUGCACAAAGUGCUUACAGGAUGAGUCCAAACUCUGUCCAGCGCUGGUUUUACACAGCCACCCAGCGUUGCCUUGCUACCGUGCGUUACCCGUUUGAGCAACGCUGCUCACUCAGUUUGUCUCUCAGUGAGGAGCAGCAGGUACUACUUCGUCUGACACCCCGCUCUGAUUACGUCUGCUGCCACAUCUCCAUGGGCGUUCGGUUGAUCCCAGCCUUCCCUCUAGGUGACGGUGCCUUCUUGGUGGCAUCCCAACAUGCUCAGCGAGGAGAGGACCUGUGGACAGUAUAUUUUCCCCGACAGGAGCAGAGACUGCUGGCAUGGCUAAAAGGCAGAUUGCCCUCCAGCUCUUGUCAUCUGAAGUGCCUUCAGCUUCUGAAAGAGGUGCGGAACCUUGGUGGGGAGACGUUGGACCAGCAGGCCAGAGCUGAAUGGGGAGGAGUCCUUUCUUCCUAUGCUCUGAAGACCGCAUGGCUUCGCCUGCUGCUCCGUACGCCCCCUGAGGCCUGGGAAGAGUGCAACCUCGUGGACAGACUGGAUGAUCUUCUUCGCAGUCUAAGGGACAGCCUACAGUCUCGGGCUCUCUGCCAUCUACUCCUCGGUGGUGAUAAUGGGCUUCUGCCUGACUCAGUGGCUCUGCCUAAGCUCAUGAAGGAAACGGUACCCUCCAACCUUUGGGAUGAAUUCAGUGAUGUCACCCUUGAUAUGGUCUCCGCCCGACUGGCCUACUCCUGGAACCACCUCCCUCGACUUAUUCGACUUGGACGACCACAGAGGACCAGCCUGGGCAGAGGUGUCCACUGCAAAUAUAUAGAUGCAGAGUAAAGGUCAAUUAUAACUGGUAUUGCUGAACACACAGCCAUGGGUUGCAACAUCUAGUUGUUUAUACAGCCUGACAUUAAAUUCUGCUAACAUUAGUCGCUGUUUUUUAAAAGUGUUCCAAAAAGUAGCAGUCAACCCAAAGAUGAGAGUAUCAUAAAAGUAAUAAAACUCAACGCACAAGAUUACAGCAUAAUAUAAAUAUUCAAUAGGUACAACAGUACUUGUAUAAAAUGUGUUUUGGUACAACUAAGGAGUGUUGUAAUUGCAGAACAUAUUUCAAAAAGCCUGAAUGCUGCUUAGACUUCAGUUUUGUGUGUUGAUUUCUGCUUAUGCAAAUUUAGUUACCAUUCCAAGAGAAGCAUUUUGUUAAGACUUAACAAAAUAUAAGUACAGAAUAUAGUUUGCAUCUGAGAGCUGUUUGGCUUUUAUUGACUCAGGGAGACCAUGAUGUCAUGGUUCUGGAGUAGACAUGUCUGUGGGUAACGAGCAGUUUUUCCACACUCCCCACAGCAUUAGUAAUGCCAGACUUAACAUCCUGUUUUGGAGGAAAAAAGUGGAGUGAGACCACUUAUUUGUAAAGUAACUUCCACAUUUCAUACAUAAAAUCAAUCAAAUGAAAUCAUUAACAAUAACUGUAACAAUUACAAUAUUGUUUAACUGAUACUUAGUGUUCCAUGGAUGAGUCGAAUCAUAAGCGUUGUAGUCCACCUCAGUUAAUUUCCCUCAGUUUAUUCUUUUUCCUGCUUGACAUCUCAUCCAUCAACAUAGACCUGUUCUUACAAAAAGUGUUUACAUAGCAUGGCCAUUUAUGUGAUACAGGGCUGAUAUAGUGAAAAGCAAAGAGAGGCCCAGGUUCUAAUUCCUUGGUUUAGUGUCAUCAACUUCACAGGGAAAUGUUUGUGGAACUUAAGCAACAGACUCUGAGGCUGCUUCUUCUUGUUGCUUAAAACCAGAACAGAAAAUGGAAUAAGGAAACAAAACAGGAAAUUCUCAGAAAACAAGGCUUAAAUGUAGUCCAAAGCAAGCAAUAUAAAAUGCUGAUUGGAUGUAAAUUUGAUUGUAAAAUACUUUGUACUUUAUGUACAUAUAAAAGAAAAUGGAGAGCAAAUCUGUACAUAAAGUAAAUAUAAUUUAUACAUGUAUUUCAAUACAUGAAUUGAAAGAAAUAUAUAUUUUGGACUGCACAAGGUUUUAUUGUAUAUUUGUCCUUUGACAAAAUAAAAGUGACUCGAUUUUGGAAUGAAACAGCUGGUUGCUAUUUUUUUUUUUUUUUUUUUUUUAAACAAAGUAGCAUGUUCAGUGUUAAAAACUGACUGAUCUUUAAUUAGUUACUGAAUAUAAUACUUGAAUAUGGCAUAACAGUAUCCACCUUACACCAUCAAUAACUAUCUGAAUAUCUUUGUACUUUUAAGGCCAUAAAUAGGGACAUGGAAAUUAACAACAACAACAAAAUCCGAUUUGUACUGCAAACAAGAACAGAAAGACUGGCACAUUACAUAAUUUUCCAUAAGCAGGUGGUGUAAUUAUAUGCAGGCAAAAGAAGUCAACUAUAGAUAUGAUAUAAUGUUUCAAAUACAAAAUUUAGAAAAAGUAUUAUAUUUUUUUUAUUUAUUUAUUUAUUUUUUUUAUUUUUUUUGAUCAACCAUAAAAUGAUUAUUUGAUUCUUUUUUUAUCUGUGCAGUAUACACAUUGUGGCUCUGUCUAAAUUACAGUGUGGCCCAGAGCAGGUGCCCUCUAGCUUGAGGAAAUCAUCUCAUCCUUCUAAUUAUCAUUUAAUUUAUCCACUUGCUUGCAAGAUUUGGUUUGUUGGCGGUAGAGCAUCUGAGACGGAAUAGAUGAGAAUUUAAUAUGCACAUUGUGGGUUCCACAAGAAAUCAAAAUAUGUUUAGAGCAUGGGUUGUCAAACAGUUCUGACCAGGGACUCCCCACCCAAACUCUAAGCCACUAAUACUAGAUUUUAUAGGAAACGCUGUAUAAUACCUUUCAUUAAAAUCGUUAAUAGACCAUAGACUAUAAAUGAAACAAAAACAAGCUCUAAAACAAUUGAACAUUUAGAAAUAUAUUUUGAAAAUAUAUAUAUUUGCAAAUGUCCCCAUUAAAAACCCUGGGUUGGAGAAUAAAUAAUUUAGGUUAUAAAGUUUGGUUGAAAAACUAAUUAUUUUUGUACGUAAAAUAAACAAAUAAUUCAUAAUAAAUCAAAUUUAAAAAAUAAUAUAAUUACCAUAAAUAAUAUAAUGAUGUUAAAUUUAAAUUAAAUAAUAAUAAAAAAAAAUUUUUAAUUUAAUUGUCUAAUGGUAUGUGAAUAAAACUGCUAUACCAUACUCUCUAAUAAUGUUUUCUAAAAUGUGGCAGAUGUCUUGGGUAUACAUAGAUUUGCUUUAACAUAAUCCUUGAAACCAGUCAUUUGGAGCUUAGAUCUAUAUAUAAGUACAGUUCUAUGAUUAAAGCAGACCAGGAAGAUGUCUGAAAUGACAACAGCAGAGGUCACUGUAAGUCUAUGUUUAUCAGCAUAUAUUUAUCAGCUAUUCUUUCCAACAGGUUUUCAAAAGGAAAAACAAAUAAAGUGGCUGAAAUCAAACAAUCUCUAUCUCACACUUUGAUUCUCGGCAUCCAGUUGUAUAUCAUUUCAUCCGUCUAUCAUAAAAACAGGAAUUGUACCAAUCUUGUAUUUGCAUGAGAACAAUGGGUUUUCUCCCCUGAAUAGAGUGGUGGUGGCAUAGUGGGUUAAAGCACAUAACUGGUAAUCAUAAUUGCUGGUUCGAUCCCCACAGCCACCACCAUUGUGUCCUUGAGCAAGACACUUAACUCCAGGUUGCUCCAGGGGGAUUGUUCCUGUAAUAAGUGCACUGUAAUUCACUUUGGAUAAAAGCGUCUGCCAAAUGCAUAAAUGUAAAUGAAUACCUGCUGUUUCCUACUGAUUUCAAACAUAUGUCAAGGUCUUCUUAAUUUCAAAUGCUGUGGUUCAAUGGAAUACUCAUCUCAAUUAAAAUAAAUUUGCCAGCUCCAAAAGGAGGGCUUCCCCAGCUAAGUCUUGGUUCCUUCCAAGGUUUCUUCCUAAUCUACCUAAAUGUCUUAAAAGUAUAGUUCACCUAAAAAUGAAGAUUUUUAGAAGAAUAUUUCAGCUCUGUUGGUCCUUACAAUGCAAGUGAAUGGUGACCAGACAUUUGAAGCUCCAAGAAUCACAUAAAAGCCACAUAAAAGUAACCCAUAAGACUCCAGCGGUUAAAUCCAUGCCUUCAGAAGUGAUAUGAUAAGUGUGGGUGAGAAACAGAUCAAUAUUUAAGUCACUUUCACAUUCUUUUACAUUUUGAACGUGAAAGUGGAGAUUUAUAGUAAAAAACAAAAAAAGGACUUUGAGUUACACAUACUGUACAUACACAUACAUAUACAUACCCACACAUAUCAAAUCACUUCUGAAUAUAUGUAUUAAACCCCUGGAGUAUGGAUUACUUUUAUGUGGCUUUUAUGUCCUUUUUGGAGCUUCACAAUUGCAUUGUAAGGAUCAACAGAGCUGAGAUAUUCUUCUAAAGAUUUUCAAUUGUGUUCUGCAGGAGAAAGAAAGGCAUACACAUCUGGGAGUAAAUGGUGAAAUGGUUUUUGGGUGAACUUUCCCUUUAAGGAGUUUUUCCUUACCACUGUUGCUUUAUGCACUUACUACUGCACUUAACCUGCACUUAAUGUACAAAAACAAUUAUCCUUGUCUGUCUCUUUCUUCUGUGCUAGCAUCUUUACUACUCCAGCCACUGUGAG